AUGCCGGCCAACGGCGCGGCGCCCUCGCCCGUCUUCACACUCUUCACCCGCCUCCCCUGCGAACUCCGCCUCGCCAUCUGGGAGCACGCCCUGCCCUCCUCCCGCGACUUCGACCUCUGCGCCGUCUACUUCUUCCGCGACUGGAAGUGGAACCCCCACGAACCCUCCUCCUCGCGCCCCGUCCUCGAGACCGACGACGAACUCGGCGAGGACGUCGUCAACCCGCACGUUCCCCUGCCGCACCUGCCACACGUCUCCGUCUGCCACGAGGCGCGCUCCGUCGCCCUGCGCUGGGCCGCCGCGCGCCAACCCCACAACCGCCUCGCCGCCGGCCUCCAGGUCCACGAACGCGCGUGGGACGAGGACGUCGACGCCGGCGGGCGCCUCGCCGUACGCGCGUGGCAGCCGCGCCGCGACGCCGUGUACGUCGGCCGCGAGCGCUGGGACGACUUUUGCCGGCGGCCCUGCACCUUUCCGUUUGACGGGCAGGCGGCCGUCUACUACGGGACCGUCGACGGCGGGUACGCCGCCGCCUCCCACCACCACCACCAUCACAGCCUGUUCGGGCGCCCCGCGCCGCGCGGGGUCGAGAUCCGCACGCUCGCGAUACCGGCGGGUGCGGACAUCCCCGGGCGCGCGCUGGCCGGCCUGCUGCACUGCCUGCCGAACCUGGAGCGGCUGAGGCUCGUGUACGGGCCGCUGCCGCAGCCGCACGAGCGCGAGGACGAGCCGCUCGUGCCCCGUCGGUGGACGCUCCGGAGCGCGGACGGCGUGCCCGACGGCGUGCGGGUGCACCACUACACGGACGCACCGAUGGGAGGCGGCCGGUACGCGCCGCGUGAGGAGGAUGGGGAGCCGCUGCGCGGGGAGGCCCUGCGGAGGCACGUCGACGAGGUGGAGAGGAUGCUGCUCAGGGAGGUGAAGCGCUGCGAGGUCGAGAGCGAGGCCCGCGACGCCGUCGAGAGCCACGACCGCUUGCCGUUCACCCUCGAGGCCGCGGUGUUUGAGCGAGGCUACUGA